GCGUGCGUGCUCGCGGAAACGAUAUCGCUACGUUUACGCAGAAUAAUUUCGUUAAAAAAGAAAAUUAUCCUAUCGAAAAUUAUCCUUUUGGAGAAUCGUAAUGGGAAAAGCGGUCGUACGAUCUCAUAGAUAAAAAUAGAAAUCAAAUAAAAUCGAGAGAGAGAGAGAGAGAGAGAGGGAGAGAGAGAAAGAUAUUUUUAUUGAAGAUCCAAGCAGGGCUGUCGCGUGUCCUUCGACGAAAAUAAAAUGGCAGUGAUUUGGGCCGUUGAUUACAGUCGAGAUGAGUGACAUUAUCAUAAAAGGACAUGAUAAUCUAAAAGAAUAUUUUUAAGGGGUUCCAUCCUACGUUUUAUUUUCUAGAAGAGAGAGAGAGAAAGAGAGAGGAGAGAGAAAGAGAGAGAGAGAGAGAGAGAGAGAGAGAGAGAGAGAGAGAAAGAGAGACAGAAAGUAAAGAUAUCAUUUUGCGUUAAGAUGGCUUACUACGCUCUCGUACGGAAAAAAUGUUGCUGACUUUCUUCUCGUGACAUAAGAAGAGUUCGAGGAUCCUGCGCGGUCGCACAUGACGGGAAGGCGAAAAGAAAAAUAGUCGAUAAAAAUAUUCAUCAAUUCAAGAUCGAGGAAAGUCUCGGGGCUCUUCGGAGAGAUGAGGUCGUACGACGGGGAGAGUAGUUCGACCGAGGACGAUGACCGUAGAGAAAGUAUACCUUCCGAAGCUCAUUUACAGCAAGGAUCCUGGCAACGUUCUGCGUCUCAUCCUACCUGGGCUUGGGAACAUCGUGCUGCUCAUCCAUUGGCUCCACCGUCGGCAGCAUCCCUCGAGUCUAUGUACUCCACACCGGGAGUAUCUCAUCCGAGUGUUUCCGGCCCACCAACGAGUUACUCGACCACCGAACAUCCUGCAUCGGCGGCGGCGGCUGCAGCUGCGGCAGCAGCGGCUGCGGCUGCGGCGGCUGCUCCAGGACGAAGGACUCCUUUGGGGACCGUAGGUCUUGGUGGAUUUUAUUUUCAACAGCAACCACAACCACACGCUUCGUCGAGCGCUUUGUCCGACGAAAAUAGGCCCGAUCACGAGAGACCAGGAGCAUCCAGACUCAAUUGUCCGCCAAAAUCAAAGACCACUCGUCAAGGGAAAAGCGUUCGAUUGAAUAUAAAUGCGAGGGAACGCAGAAGAAUGCACGAUUUGAACGACGCUCUGGAUGAACUUCGUUCGGUCAUUCCAUAUGCUCAUAGUCCGUCCGUAAGGAAACUUUCAAAAAUCGCCACCCUUCUUCUGGCGAAAAAUUAUAUUCUGAUGCAGGGAAACGCGUUAGAAGAGUUAAGAAGAGUAAUAGCCGUCUUGCAAUCGCCCCAUGCUCAUACCACGGCUUUACCACCUACGCCUGUCUCCUACGAUCUUCUUCAAGGAUUCCCUGGAAAAUUGUUUCAAGGCGUACAGGAAAUGCAAGGACUUCCUGCGGGUGAUCCACAAGUUGUAACGUCAGGCGGUCCACCGACCGACGCUACCGUUGCCAGUGGAGAAUCGAAUUAAUAUUUUUUUAAAAUUUUCCUCGACUCUUUCAUAGACAUAUUUCAUACAUUGAUAGGUGCGAUCAUUGGUCGAACGAGACAAAAUUCUAUAUAUAAAUUAGAUUUCGUUUUGAUAUAUCGAAAUGAUCUUUCGACUCGCGCGAACAAGUUGAUCUCUUAAUAGAAAUAUAAAUUGAAAAAGUAGCAACUAUAUAAUAUAGGAUUAAGGAUUAAGCGAACGAAAGUAUUAGAUGAUAAGUUUUAAUCCGUUGGACGAAUAACUCUAACGUAAAAUCUCGCAAGAGAAGAUUUAUAAUUUCUCUUCGAUUUCGAUUUAGAUAAGCGCAGGUAAUUUUUCAACGAUAUUCGUUCAAAAAUUGUUAAAGUAUAAUCGAGAGCACAUCGAGGGUUGGAUCAUACUAUCGUUGAUAGCCUUAAGACGAAAGUUAGCGAAAGUAUUAAUAAUUAAGAAUAAGAAGUAUUUUCUAGUCAAAAGGAAAACACCUAAUCGAGCAAUAAGAUGACGUGCGUGAUUUAGUCUUUCUUGUCAAGGGACAAAGGUCAUGCAGGACGAUAAACGAAACUUUAAAGUCCAGCCUGCAACACGAUAGUCAAUAUAGGAUGUGAUAUAUGUCGAGGUAUUCCAGUCAUAGAGUACAUAAAGAUAUUAAAUAUUC